AUGCAGUAUAAUUGGAAGGUGCGCUCCCUCGAACUCUUGCCAAUGUCGCUUCGAAGUGAAGUAGCCGCAGUAGCUGGCAUGGCAGACGCAGAUGCGUCUCUUGCAGCAGUCCCUGCGCUCUCCACGGCAAGGGUCCCAAGCAUCGGCAUUUCCAAGGUGUUUGCUCCGUGUCAGGCCCGAGUUCCGGCGCUGGGGGGGCCCCGGAGCCUGGUUGGGCCCAGACGAGCUCUCAAGUCCCCGAAAGACUCUCCCAAGGAAGGAAUCUCUUUCUGCGUCGCUUCCUGCUGCUGCACUGUGGCCUCGUAUGGGUCAGCCGGUGCGGUUGGUGCCGAGAUGGAGCUUCGCGCGCAGGCCUGGGACAUCCAAGCAUGA